UUUUCUUUUGUUUACUUUUUCCUUGCUGUGUUUGACAGAGAAGUACAAAAAUUGCGAUUCAACCCUUUCUUGUGGUUGUUUUUUGCGUCUCUUUUGUCUCUUCUUUUCACUUUUUUAAACAUUUUCAAUUGCUCAACUGAAUUGAUGAAUGAAUCCACAGUGGACGGCUACUUGGACGUUCAUUUGCAAGAUUUGGCAGAAAUCCGAAAAUUAGUGGAUGGCAUGAAUGCCAUUAUUAAUAGCCAAGCCAUACAACAACAAUACAACCAGGCUUCAUCCAUCACUUUGGCGGAUUCGUCCAACUGUGAUCUCUCUCAAGACGCUCCGCCAUGUCUUCCGUCGUCUGGCACUCUAUCCAACGUUUCUACCGACGCGCCCAAUACCCCCAACUGGAACAAUACAGAAGAUUUGACCAUAGCCAAUGUUUUAGCAGCAGCUAUCAUGGCGGCGUCGGCUCAAAAUUCAGGGGCGAGACCGGAAUACAAUCCGCCACAGCUGAAUAACAGCAUUGUGGUUGAAGUCCACCAUUUGGGUCUAAUACGGACGCUGUAUUUCCAAAUAACAGUGGACGCCACGAUAGAGUCCUUGAUUGCAUGGCUGCGGCUAUCUUUCCAAGAUCCGGAUAUAUCUGGCAUGGUAUUGCAAUACAAAGGGUUUGAUGGCUUGUGGAAGUGUCUCCUAAACCGCGACGAUUCGCUGAAGCGUAUAUUGAAGCAGAAUCUAAAGGCAAACAGCAUUCUUUACAUCCGGGUGCCACAAGAACAAGAUUUGUUGAAUUCUGGCUAUACGGAUCGUCGACUGCUUGCUUUAACCAAAUCACGGGUUUGAGAAUGUCAGCACUAGCAACGCAUCAUCCUCAAUGAUGCGCGAGCAACCCUAGGCACUUUUUUUUUCCACGUAGCAUGUAAAGACCCCUUCCCCAUUAUCCAGUUCCAACUAACGUGAUACUCCAAGUCCCAUAAUAUACCAGCUGACCAUCACCACUAUUUCCCAUUAUAUCUAUUUAGGUUUUUCUGCUGUGUAUGAUACACAUUAAGCCCAUCUGUUCUAGUUUACGUAUAACGAUUGAUAGUACAAAUUUAAUCGACGGGUGCUGUCAGAUAUAAAAUACUAGUCGAUGAGAUCAAGA